ACUUUCCUAACCGAAUCUCUCGCUUACUAUAAGCUUCCAGACAUUCUUCGAAAGCAUAUCGAGUACAAGGCAAUACUCGAACAGGAAUGAUCUCCGUCACUCGUAGACACCAUGGAGGAUACCCGGAUAGGGAUGGAAUACUGCCAACCUGUAUCAAGACUUCUGGCUCAUAAAGUGAAUGUCGCUUAGCCAGAUAAGUUGAAACUUCAGCGACAGAUAUUGGUGUGGAAGAUGAAGAAAGAUCUCGGCAUGUUUCAACAAGUGUUGCCCUUCCUGAAUCAACAGAAAGCAAAUGAACUAUUAACCGAUAAGAAGACAAAUCCAUGGGUGCAGCGUUGCAUCCCGUGACUAUCUUUAUCCGCUUAG